GCGCGAGUCGCAGUGACUCUUCGUAUUCGGGACCAAACCGCGUGUGUCCUCCUCCCGCCACGUGACCCUGUCCGAGUGGACGCGGCGUUGUUGUUUCCGUCCGGAUUGUCUCACGGUGUCAUGACGUCAUGACGUCAGCGUGCUAGCAGGAAGUAGACGGAGCCGAGCGCGUGUGGAGGAAACGUCUGUCCGUGAGUUCGUGAACAUGUGUAACGUCCCAGAGCUGAUAUGUUUAGUGAACCAGCGACUGACUGCGGCUGCUGGAGAGAUAUGUGGGCUGUUUGAAGACACAGCAGAGCACGAGGAGGAACUGACUAGUUUAAAAGAGGAGCACGAGCGCCAACGAAAACGACUGGACGCCAUGUUCAACCCAACAGUCCGGUUACAACGAGCAGAUGUCCAGCAGCUGUUGGUGACUAAACCAGAGGUUCCCUCUGAGCAGCAUGACUGGAGCUCCAGUCUGGACCAGGAAGACCCAGAGCCCCCACACAUUAAAGAAGACCAGGAGGACCCAGAGCCCCCACACAUUAAAGAAGACCAGGAGGACCCAGAGCCCCCACACAUUAAAGAAGACCAGGAAGACCAAGAGCCCCCACACAUUAAAGAGGAACUGGAGGACCAGGAAGACCCAGAGCCCCCACACAUUAGAGAAGACCAGGAGGACCCAGAGCCCCCACACAUUAAAGAGGAACUGGAGGACCCAGAGCCCCCACACAUUAAAGAGGAACUGGAGGACCAGGAGGACCCAGAGCACCCACACAUUAAAGAGGAACUGGAGGACCCAGAGCCCCCACACAUUAAAGAGGAACUGGAGGACCCAGAGCCCCCACACAUUAAAGAGGAACUGGAGGACCCAGAGCCCCCACACAUUAAAGAGGAACAGGAGGAACUCGGGAUCAGUCAGGAAGGAGUGCAGCUUCAAGCGCUGGAGGAGGCUGGUAUCAAGUUCCCAUUUGCUCAGUUCUCAAAGUCCACUAAAAAAAUAAAACAUUUGAAAACGGAAAGAGAUGGAGAGGAAGACGGAUCCAGAUCAGAUCCAGAUAGUCCUUUACAACCGACUGCUGAUGAGACUUCCCAAUCCUCUGAAUGUGAGACUGAUAACAGUGAUGAUUGGAAGGAGACUCAGGAACCUCUGUCUCAUUUAAACCCUUUGCAAAACAAUAAAGUCCUUGAAAGUGACGUGGACUGUAAUACUGGAAAAACAUCAAUAAGCUCCUCUGGAAGCUUUGGCCACAAGAGACAUCCGAAGAGACACUCUGGAGUCAAAACAGGAAAGAAACCAAUCAGUUGUUCAGUUUGUGGUAAAACAUUCAGACUAGCGAACGCUCUGAAAGUACACUCAACUGUCCACUCUGGAGAAAAACUAUUCAGCUGUUCAGUUUGUGGGAAAACAUUCAGACGAGCGAACGCUCUGAAAGUACACUCAACUGUCCACACUGGAGAUGAACUAUUCAGCUGUUCAGUUUGUGGUAAAACAUUCAGACUAGCGAACACUCUGAAACUACACUCAACUGUCCACACUGGAGAGAAACUAUUCAGUUGUUCAGUUUGUGGUAAAACAUUCAGACUAGCGAACAGUCUGAAACUACACUCAACUGUCCACACUGGAGAGAAACUAUUCAGUUGUUCAGUUUGUGGUAAAACAUUCAGACUAGCGAACAGUCUGAAACUACACUCAACUGUCCACACUGGAGAGAAACUAUUCAGUUGUUCAGUUUGUGGUAAAACAUUCAGACUAGCGAACAGUCUGAAGCUACACUCAACUGUCCACACUGGAGAGAAACUAUUCAGUUGUUCAGUUUGUGGUAAAACAUUCAGACUAGCGCAGAGACUGAAACGACACUCAACUGUCCACACUGGAGAUGAACUAUUCAGUUGUUCAGUUUGUGGUAAAACAUUCAGACAAGCUCAGAGUCUGAAACGACACUCAACUGUCCACACUGGAAAAACAAAUUAGUGGUACAUUUUUCUUAAAAAAUUCUCUCUUCUCUGUGAUUUAAGAAAAUCACUAUUGCAUUGAUAAGAUCAUCAGAAAUAAAUGAGACAUGGUUAAAGCCCCAUUAUGUCAUUUUUCCCCUUUAGCGCCCCCUUCAGUUUUUGAGGUAUUUAACGUUUACUUCAGUGUCGUAAAUACCCAGUUACGAUAGAUGCAGCCCGGUAGAAGCAAUCCGACGACUGUUUCUAUUUUGGAUUUAUACCAACGGGCGGGAUCACUAAUACGAAGACUGCGCAGGAACACUGUGAACUGGGCCCAGCACCUACCAGACUAGGGUGAAGUAGCGCCGGGAUUGAAUGCAGCGCCUCGCCACGUUUCCGCCUGGUCGGUCAGCUGUUUGCCAGCUUUUGGGGGGAGGGGUGUGUGUGUGCGCUUGCAGUCAUUUACUUUUGUUUGGGGGGACUGCAAAGACUUUGGGACUGUCGGGAUCCGGGGAUUAUACUUCGUUUUGAGUGGGUUUGAUUGUUUGUAGUGUAUGUGUUCAUUUUGGGGGCUUCAGAUGCAUUGAAUUUGAUUUAAUAUAAUAACAUUUGGGUUUCCGCAUAUCGACUGUGUUUUUCUUUUAUGACCAUUUGAGCAGAUAGUUAACACCAGAACUCGCAGAUCCGCCCAUUCCCUUUUUUUUUUGCGUAUUGUACCUUUUCCCCUUGAUUGAAUUGCUAGGCUUAAUUGUUACAACAUAACCAAAAGAAUGACAACAUUUAGUUUAGAUGAAAUACCGAUCGCGUUUUCAGCCUAUAUACGUUGUUUUCUAAAUGUUUGAAUGUGGAGUACGUGUGAUCGAAUACAAUAUUGUUGACAACACCAAAAAGCUACAUAAAAAAGCUACCCUUAUACUGUAGCUGCGAGCGUGGACUGGCACUAUAUGACAUUGCGUAAUCACUGCCGGAAAGCAGGUCGAAGUACAUCCGCCCCGGAGCGGGCGGCUCCAGAAUCCUACAUAGCGGAGUUAUUUCCCCACAGACCCCCGAUGGCAAUGGCGGAGCCGCAAAUCGCCAAAUUAAAAGUCAUUGUAUCGUCACAAUUUUUUUCAAGCUGUUAUUUUAAGGUACAAUUGUUACAUAAUGUUACUUUAAAUACUUAAAAACCGGAGGGUUGAAUAAAUAAGUUCAUUCAGCUA